AUGAUUAUAAAAAAUCAAAACCUAAUCGAUAGGGUUAUCGAUGUUUUACGUUACGAUCAAGAAGAUAGAAGACCUUUACAAAGUAAUUUAAUUGAUUAUAAAAGUAUUCUUACAAAAACAUGAUUUGCUUAGUUAACAUAUAGGACUGUUAAUGCCAAAUUUAAAACUUAUCUAUUUUGAUUUAGUCGGUCAGAAUGUAGACUGUGAAAAACGAGUUUAUUUAUUUCUGAAAGGAAAAGUGAGUAUUGAUGGUAUUCUAAUUUUAGAAAGCUGUUAAAUCCUAAAACCUACUAUAAUGCGUAUUGUUUAUCUUUAUAAAGUAACUUUUAGCAGAACUCUUUAUAAUCAGAUUGUUUAAAUGAAUAGAUAAAAGGAAAUUGAAGCCAAAUUAACCUUUUUAAUUCAAUUCUCAUUUUUUUCUGGAAUUUACUUGAGUUCUAUCUAUGCCAUUCUUGAUCAAAUUCCACUAAAAACAUUUCAAUAUAAAACAAAUCUCAGUCAUGUUUUACCAGGAAUUAUAUGCAUUAUAAAAUCAGGGUAUCAACUCCUUAUCAAACUAGAUCAGUUGUACUCCAGUCUAGUUAGGGACCAUUUCACAAAUAAUUGUAUCAAUUUUUAAAUGAUUGUAGUUUAAUAAUAACAGAAAAAGAUCUAUUUGGAGAGUCACAUUUUGUGGAUGAAGAUAGUAAAAUUAAUUUGAAAAAGUAAAACAUAAAUCAAAAAUACUAUGAAGCUAUUUGUAAUUCUUAAGUUGUAGAAUUAUAUUUAUUAAAUGUAUCUGAAUUAAUUCAUACAAUAAAUUCAUAAUAAUUGAGAGUAAAUAAUAAAUUCAUAUUUAGUUGUUCUUAUAAAAAAAAUUUAGACAAAGAAUAAUGUAAUUAAGAUAGAGUGUAGAAUAAAAUUAAUCUUUCUCGAAACCUUUAUAAUAAUAAUAAUAAUAAUAAUAAUAAUAAUAAUAAUAAUAACAAUCUUAAUAAAGAUUAAGAACAAAUACUUAAACUUCUGAUUCAUAAUAUGAACAUUUAAAAUAAAAAGAGACAGCAGCAAUAGAUAAAGUAAGAGAAGUUGUAAAAAAUAUGAAUUUUUCGUAUUCAAGGACUAGAAAUUAUUUUGCUUCAAAAUUAGGAGCUGGAAAUAUUCUAUUUCAUAAAGCUUUCAUGUAUUAAUAUACUCCUCAUUAUACUAAAAAAUAAAGAUAAUCAUCAUUUUCUACUGCAAUAAAAUAGAAAUUAAGUUAAAGAACAGAGAGAUGCAAAACCAUGUCUAAUAUAGAAAUGAGAACAACAAUGUUAUAGAAUUCUUUUGGCAAAUAUUAAUUUGAAUAAAAAGAAAAAUAGUCCAAACACAAUAUAUUUGAUUGA